AGGAUCCAGGUGCCAGUGUUAGCUUCGCUCUCAGGUACUUUUAUCACUUGGAAUUCCGCACCAGGGAUGGGGAAGAUCAGCGCAGACAGCCGAUCGGGAAAGGAAGUGACAGGAUUGCUGCUUCUCUCUGUCUUUGCAGCAGUGCUUGGCUCAUUACAAUUUGGUUAUGGACUCGGUGUCAUCAAUGCACCCCAGGCGAUUAUUGAGAAACAUUAUGCUCACAUCCUCAACAUUGACCAGAAUGAGACAAUGGCCACCAAUCUCACACAAUCACCCAACCCUAUCAAAGAUCGCAGAAUCAUCAUUUAUUGGACUGUUUCUGUCUCCAUCUUCUGUAUCGGUGGAAUGUUUUCUUCAUUUUUUGUUGGAUGUCUAGCAGACAGGUUGGGCAGACUGAAGUCUAUGUUAGCUAUAAAUAUCCUUGCAAUAGUUGGUGCCCUUCUCAUGGGAUUGGCCAAAUUUGGCCCAUCGCACAUCCUCAUCAUUACAGGACGGGCUAUCACUGGAAUUUACUGCGGGCUGUCUUCAGGAUUGGUACCCAUGUAUGUCGGAGAGAUCUCACCCACCAGUUUGCGAGGGGCACUGGGCACCAUGCAUCAAUUAGCCAUUGUCACGGGUAUCCUCCUCAGCCAGGUGUUUGGCUUAUCGUUCCUGCUAGGUAAUGAUCGGUUGUGGCCUGCAAUUCUUGGCCUUUCAGGUGUGCCAGCCCUUCUACAGACCAUCCUGCUACCCUUCUGUCCUGAAAGUCCUCGCUACCUCUACAUAAAACUUGGAAGAGAAGAUGCAGCAAGGAAAAGUUUGAAAAGAUUACUGCAGAUAUCUGACACGGACAAGUACAUUGAAGAGAUGAAGAAGGAGAAGGAAGAAAUCCAGAAAGAGAAGAAGGUGUCCGUGGCACAGCUGUUCUGCUCUUCCAACUACAGACAGCCCCUCACCGUUGCCUUGAUGCUGCACAUAUCCCAGCAAUUAUCUGGAAUUAAUGCAAUAUUCUACUAUUCCACAUCUAUUUUCAGAACGGCUGGUUUAUCACACCCUGUGUACGCUACCAUAGGGGUUGGAGUGGUCAACAUCAUCUUCACUGUGGUUUCAGUCUUCCUGGUGGAGCAUGCUGGCCGUCGGUCUCUCUACAUAAUAGGCCUGGCAGGGAUGUGCAGCUGUGCAUUUCUAAUGACAGUCGGGCUAGUUUUCCAGCACAAUUUCACCUGGAUGAGCUACCUGAGCAUGUCAGCUAUCUUUAUCUUCGUAGCCUUCUUCGAGAUUGGACCAGGCCCGAUCCCUUGGUUCAUUGUAGCUGAGUUAUUUCGGCAAGGGGCACGGCCAGCUGCUAUAACCAUUGCGGGUUUCUGCAAUUGGACCUGUAAUUUCAUCGUGGGAAUGUGCUUCCCAUACAUUGCGGAGCUGUGUGGUCCUUAUGUAUUUGUCAUUUUUGCUGGGCUGCUCUUUGGUUUCACCUUAUUCACGUACUUCAAAGUGCCCGAGACAAAAGGAAAGACAUUUGAACAGAUCGUGCAAGGAUUCCGACGAAAGAAAUUGUCAUCAGCCCAACUCAAAGCUUCCGCCACUGAACUAGAACAUUUGGGCAGUACAGAGGCCUAAUGGAUGGACAAAGGGAAAAGAUCAGAUUCUGAAACUUUCUACUGUGCCUAUUGCGGUGAAUGGAUUCAAAUUAAGACUGAAACAGGAACAAUGUUAAAAGGUGUACCAGUAACUCGAGGGAAACAUGUUGGAAAAUUGCUGUGCAUCUUCCCUUGCUGUUGGAUGGAACCAAAACCAUCUACAAUGCAUAUUGAUAUUGUACAAAGAAUGACUAAAUGAACACAUUUAGUAAAACAGAUUUCCCAGUGUGGGCUGGUGCAAGUCUGGGCUGGAUCCCAGUGUAAGCUGGAUCACAGUGUGGCCUGGAUUGUCUCUUUGCCCUUUGUUCCAAUGCUGUCCUGGAGGUGGAUGCACAAGAUCAUUCUGUCAACUGUCCAUGAUUAAUCUUAAAUUUCUGGUGACUCCAGGUUAAUUCCUGGAUUCUGGGGUAAAUUGCCCUGGAGGGUUAUCAUCAAUUUCUUUCUCUGUCUGUUUUCUUUGAACACUUUCACUUGAAAAGGUUCGGAGUUGGGGAGAAACAAAAAGUUCUUUUAAGUGACAGUUGAGCAUUAAUCAAAUCACUAGAGAUGAACAUUGAUGACAUUAGGGCACAAUAAUAAUGGUGCUAAUGAGAAACAGUUUGAGAUUACUCUGCGUGGAAUUAGUGGAUGAACACUUACCUUGUUUAAAUGAAACUAAUUGCCCGAUUGGAGUAAAACAGAAAUGAACUCCAUUGUGUUCAUUGGAUUAGCACCAUCUGCUAAAAUGAGAGUGCCAUUUCAGAUGAACUGAUAAAGGAUUUUGGAAAUAGAAUAUAACUUUUUUGGGGAAGGAGUGAAGUGGUGCCUAUUGUGCACUCUGCCUGAUCUUUUCUUCACUCAUGAGGAGAAAGUGAGGUCUGCAGAUGCUG